GAGAAAUCAAGUCUUAUUUCUCUUUAAACCUUUCCUUUUUUCCCUUCCUUCCCUUCGUUGUUCGAUCCAUCCUCUAAUGGAGAUUGCUACUGUUUUUCGAUCUUUUCAUGCCUCUAUCAAAUAAUGCUUUCAGAAAAGAGGCAUUUUUCAAAGUUCUUUCUGUCGGCCAUGGACUUGUAGCCUCAAAAGUGAACCAUGGAGUAUCCUUCCUACCAUGUGUUAAAGCCUCUGAAGCUGCAUUGGCAAUGGCAUCAAAUGGAGAGGGGGAUGCCUGCGAAGGUGGAGGUCGCAGGCAUACCAGGAAGAACGUCACCGGCGAGGUGGUACAACAUUAAAGCUUUUUCAUGUGCCAAUCGGUUGAUAAAGCAUUUGAGUAGUAAUGGGGUUCCAAUGGCUUUGGCUUCAAACCCACCAAAAUUGAACAUGGAAGGCAAAAUUUCUGACCACCAUGGAUGGAAAGAGUCCUUUUUAGCCAUUGUUGGUGGAGAUGACGUUAUAAAUGGAAAGCAAUCACCUGAUAUAUUUCCUGAAGCUGCUAAAAGGAUUAACACUGAACCAUAAAACUGCCUAGUGAUUGAAGACUCACUAAAAUGUUGCAGGUAAACGACCCGGCUUGACUACCAAUACUCCGCGUGAGCUGCCUAGAAAGCCUACAGCUUCGCAUACUACUGUCUAAGACAGAAUCCAAAGGCGAGACCCCUCAUGAGUGAUGUUGUGGAGACUCUUGAGCCCUUACAAUGCAGUAGUGCAAGUGAAGUCUCAGCUCAUACACCAAUUCUUGACAGUCUUUUUGACUAAAAAAAUAUUUUGUAAUAAAAAUAGAUAAAUAGUGUAAAAAUUUUUACAUUUUGAUUAAUACACUUGAGCUCAUUAAUUGUCAA